GUCUUCACAUGCUGAAUUGCAACAUGUCGGCUUACUUGGUGACAUUCUGAUCGAACGACCUUUCACUUAACUGAUCCAGGAUGCGUAUCCCAGUUCGAUCGCAGAGGAAUAGGAAAAUAUUUGUGUACGCUGUAAUCACUUGCAGUUUGGGCUAUUACUUUUCCCCGGCUCUCGACCUCGGUAUAAUCAAACCUCUCAUGAUAAAAUACGGACUGCGGGAGGAUGCCCCUGAAAAGAGAACCAUUCCAAGGCCAGCGCUCUACCCCUUUCUCGGAGCACCCAGAGAAUUCAGCCUCGAGAAAAAUGAAACGAAGAAAGAAAAUUAGUCAACAUCAGUAUAUGUAGCAGCAACCGGUUGAGAUGACAUCAUUCAAGAUGGCUACAGAGUGCACAUGUAACAGUAGUAACCUUAUAGAGAAACAUCAAAAAAUGACUUUGUCAGAUCUAUUAAAUUGUUUUAGUGAAAUGAGGCAAAGAGAUGAAAUAGCAGCCGAAAUGGAAAGAGAAAAGAGUCAAGCCUUUCUCAAUAGUUCAGAUUUCUUUAGUCAUCUGUCACUCGAGAUCAUAUGUCAUGUACUGAAUUACCUCCCUUUGCGAGAUGUGCUGAAAAUGGAACAACAGUGUAAGAAGAUUCAGAAGGCUGUUUCAAUGCAUCUUAAAGUUAGGAAGUCAAUUGAUUUUACUGAAGGGGAAAUAUAUGGAUGGAUUCCUGCAAGCUUGAAUGAUUCCAUGCUGGCAAAGCUCAUAUCAAGAUGUGUGGAACUUGCAUCAAUAUAUGGUUUUCACUCUCAGCUGAUCCUUAAGAGAAGACAACGUGGUGCUGACAUGUUGACUAUUCCAGGAAUUGUUGCAGCUUUGUCAUCAGCACCAAGACUUAAAGCAGUGGAAGUGUCUGAUAUCAACCUCAUGGAAGCCAUCUUGAAUUAUCUUCCACGCUUGGAAAUUCUUGGAAUAUUCAAAAACAGAAAUGGUGCAUUUCCAAUCAAUCCAUCAAAUAAACUCACUCUGACAUCUAACCCAAGAAUCACGUCCCUUCAUUUGUCUGGAGUUGUGAUUUCAGAACUACCUCGUAUGAGUCAUGUGAAACAUAUUUAUCUCCGUUGGGUAAAAAUCACACACUCGCAUCCAUUCCGUGAUUUUGCAGUUCCAAGCCUGCAGAGCUUUGUCAUGUCUAACUGUGCAGGUCCCGCCAGCACACUGAAGUAUGUGCCUCUGAUAACAGGCCUGGCUGCGGCAAGGUCUCUCACUCGGCUAGAGCUUGUCAGAGUUCCGUUUCUUGGGGGGCUGAUACAGCACAUCGUGGAGGACAGCUGGCGAGUCAGUGGCUUCUCCCAGCUGCAGACUGUCAUGUUCGGAGCCUGCAAACACGCACAGGAAGUUGACCUCGGCUACCUCAUGAUCACAGCUGCUCACUGCUUAGAGGAGUUGAGUAUCCAGCCCUCUCUCACCAAGGACAGUUUGUUUGCUGCCAUCAAGAUGGCUGACGUCACCUUCCCUGUGUUCGAGACUCUCCAUCUUGGAUAUGUCGACCCCUUUCCAGAGUCGGGCAAGUGGAACCAGGAGGACCUGGUGAUGAUCCACGGCCUGGCAGAGGUGUCCGAGAACCCUGCAAUGAUCACCGACAUCGGGAUGAAGGCCAUUGGUCAGUGCUUCUCCUUCCUCCGCAACCUGGAGAUCUACAACUGUCCGCACCUCCAUUUCCCCAUGUCAUGGUUCACAUCAGGUGUGGAGACCCUGAGUCACCUGCGACACCUUCAUCUCCGUCGCUGUCACGCUCUCCGUCUCCAAGACUUCUGCCGCUUCGUUGAACACCUACCCCAGCUUGAGCUGCUGCACUUAGAAUACAUGUUCAGGGAGCCACCGAAAGGAUGUGCUAGAGUUGGCCUGAGUGCUGGCACCGGGUUGGGUGUAUCCUCAGCUCUUGUCCAGAACAACGGCAACGACGCUGGUAACCUUGAUGGUGGGAAUCACAACAAUGACGACGGGGACCUGAAUCAGGAUGAUAACAAUAACAAUCCAGAUGCAGGGGCCAGGGCUGCUAACGGAGGGGACAUUAACAACAAUGAACCACCCAAUCAAAAUGCAGAUAACAUUGAUCCCCACAUUGAACCUGACGAUGAUCCAUUGGAUGAGGAUGAUGAAUUUGAUGAUUUUUCUGAUAAUGGAGAUGACUUAGAUUUUGAUGGAUUGAGUGGGGAUGAAGAAAACAUUGAUAUGGCCAAUCAUAUUGGAGAUGACAUUCGAAUGUUGGCAGUGGUAGCCAAUGAGGGAGCAGGUAACAAAUCCCAUGAGGAAGAGGAGCACGCAGAAGUCAGUAAGAAAGUUAGUCAGCCCAAAUCCAAGCAGCCUGAAAAGGAUGACAGCAAGCCAGGAUCAAGCAAAGACGAUUUGAACAACCCACAGCCAAGCACAAGUCGGGUCUAUUGUGGGGGAAUGCCUUCAGGAAGCUGUAUGAAAAGAGAAGUUAAUAUUGUCCCAUCUGUUGAUUCAAGGUCCACCUGCCAGCUCGUUGAUAUUGACAUUGGUAAUGGCAGUGAUACAGAUACAGAAAGUCCAGCAGACGGCAAGAUCAAGGUGAAGGUUGAAUGUAACAGUGCCAUUGAACUUCGAACCAAGGAUGAGGCUCUGGUUACUGAACCCAAGUUUGUGUCCUCAUCUUCAUUGUCUGUAGCCCAGAGAGAACUAGAUGAGGCAUGUCCCAGUACAUCACGAGCGUCAGGCACAAUGUCUGCUUCUUCACAGGGAAUCAAACCAUCUUCCAGCACCAAUUCUGCAUGUGUGCAAGGAAUCAAGGCAUCUUCAAGAAACUCAUCUGUUAGUGGUCAGGACGUCAAUGCAUCCACCAGCGCCUCGUCUGCUAGUGUGCAAGUAGUGAAGGCAACCUCCAGUGCCACGUCUGCUAGUGUGCAAGUAGUCAAGGCAACCUCCAGUGCCACGUCUGCUAGUGUUCAUGGAAACAAGGCAUCCACCAGUACCACUUCUGCUAGUGUUCAAGUAGUCAAGGACAGGAAGGAAAAACAAAUUCCAUGUGUGAAAAAUGAACAGCAGUGUAGUAGUGUUCCCUGCAACUCUGCAGGGAGAGUUCAUGUUAGUGACCGACAGACAGCUGAAGAUAAAGAAACUGAAGAACACAUCUGUAGCCCAGCUAAAAAGAAGAAGAAAACUUGUUCAAGGACCAAGGAUGAACAUAUUGAUAAAAGAAGUGACAAGUCACAUUCAAACUGCAGGGAGAAACGUGAAUGUGCAGAUCGUGCUUCUCGUGGCUCAGAGUUGGUGAGUCCUGCACAGCGAGAUAGGGAUAAAACAACUGAACAGCACUGUUCAAAGGACCCCCAUGUAGAGUCGCCUAUUGCUCCACUUCGUGCUUCACCCUCAGGAACUGCUGGCAGUCAGCAUGGGAGCACUUGUAGCCAUCUUGAAUCAUCUCAACCUUCAACUGUAGCUUCUUCGUCUGGCACAGUGAAAUCAUCGUCAGCAAAUUCAAAUGUUGAUCUCAUUAGAAAGAAACCUGUUUCGAAUGUACCAAAAUCAGUGAAUCCGAGGACUACCUCUUGUGCAGUAUCUGAUCCUGCAACAAGAAGGAAAAAGUGUUCAGUGCCACAUUUGACACGUAAAGAUCUCGAUAAAUCAAGUCCCUCCAGUCAGCGUGAACCUACAGGGGAUACAACAGAGAGUUCCAGUGAUGAAGGUUCAGUGAAUGUAAAUGUGGACAAUGCUAAAAUAGUUCGAAAGAAAAAACAGCCAUCUGAUAACAGGAAGACAAACUCACAAAAUAGUUCCCCGGAACCAAGUACAUCCAAAAACUCUUGGGAUAAAGCUUCUGUCGAAAGUGAACCCGACAAUCGUACAGUAGAUGAAUUUCUAGAUGACAUUGCUAAAGACUAUCACAAUGACUUGUCCGCCACCAGAAUAGCAGGUGAUGACAACAUGUAUUUGUUUACUCCAGAGGAGGUGGAGGCUAUGGGCUUUGGGAAGGAGAACGCUGGUGAAGAAGACAAAGACGAAGACACAAAGGGUUACAACAUGAGGCCAAGGAAACGUGGGAAGAGUCUGACUGGCAAAAAGAAAGGUCUUGUGAAAAAGAGAAGGAAGCUUGACAAUGUUGUGAAGACAAAUCCAAACAUGCAUGACAAGUGCUGUCAGGCAGUCAGCGAUGAAAUACGUGAGACGACAAAGCGUGCGAAGGAGCAGGAAGAGGCACGACAAGGAGCUGCUGCAGCUCCUCCUAAAUCAAAGGGAGGCAACUGCUGUGGGAAAAGGACAACAAAAAUGAGGUCUCAGUCAUCUGUUGUGCACGAAGGUGGAUCCGGUUCCAGGGUAGAGGUGCUGAGGUUGAAACUGGGACCGCGGAGGAAAGCCAACAUGUGUGAUAAAGCUACUAGCACAAGUGACCCAGUCAUAGAGGAUGACCAUAUUCAGGUGCUGUCUCUAAGGUCCAAGAGUCUUCUAUGUGUCACACUGCACAUGGUCGGGGUGACAGACAUCAUUGUUGAUGAGUGUCCAAACCUCAAGCUACUCCGAGGAAGUGCUUGUCGCGUGCUGAAGAAAGUGACAGUAGGUGGUGCUCCUAAGUUGUCUAAGGUGUCAUUCGCACAGUGUCGGAAGAUCGAUGAGAUGCACCUCGUCAAUGAAGUCUGUGAUCAGAUCAGCAUGACCAACAGAGUUAUCUACCUUCGGCCCAUGAGACAGUUCGACAUGUUUGCCUUUGAGAACAUGCUAUUCUGCCAACCUGACAUCGACUACCAUCUGUGUGUCAUCUACGACUACAGCCCCGACCCCACCCACACCAUGUACAACCGCGCCCGCGUGGCCACAUGGCUCGACCUGUUUAGUGGCACCAACAUGGAGCUGUUGCGGUUCAUGGAUUUUGAACAAGCCAAGAACUUCCCAGUGGAUGAGGACGAUGAUGAAGAGAAGAAAUGCUACAGAAAUGCAUACAUCUUGCAUGGCUACAAUGACAAUGGCAGCAAGUGGACGCUGUCGACAGACAUCCCCUGGCUUGACCACCUCAGUCAGUGUCCGGACAUAGACAGCCCAGACCUACAUCCUGACGAUUAUAAAGAGGGAAUCUACUGCCCCAGGCGGAAGGGUCACCACGUGAUGACGGAUUGCCUCAUGGAUCUACAGGAUGUCAUCUCCGAGAUGAGACACAAAAGUGUCAGUCUCUAUUGCUACUCCGUCAUUGUUUAUGUCAACAUGUGCGACGUCACGGGAACACCCACACCGGACAUGUACCUGUAACCAUGGUUACCAUCUGAUGCUGAUACAAUGUCAAGCAUGCCAUGACUACGAACUGUGUGGUACUUCAUCCUGGAGAACAUACAGUGACCUUGAGUUGUGAUCCUGGAAAUUGACACAAGGUUCUUGUCAGCAUUAGCAAGUUCAUUGUCAGCAGGGCGCCUUCUUAUUUCAAGUGUGGCAUGACUUUAGUCAUGCGGCUCAGGGACAACUGCAUGGCUUGGAAUGGUCUGAAGAGGCUUUGGAAUAGCUAGAUAGUUAAAGGAAGAAUUUGAAUCACCACAUGGGUACAAUUUGUGAAGUCCAUUUCUUGUGUCCACUGCCAUGAUGUUUCUGGAAUAUAGCUAAGAGCAGUGUAUUACCAGUCUCAUGCACUGAAAAGACCUUGCAUAUUGAGACAGAUCCUGAGGAACCCUUUUCCUUGUAUAUGAAACCUGAUGGUCAGCUAGUCAGCUUCUUACAUGAUCAGAUGUCCCAGCCAUGCAUAGGCCGUGUCUCACACACAUGACUGUAUCACAUACUUGACUCAGAUAAAUGUUUUGUCUCGUGAAGUUCCAUGAUCCAUAUGAAAGUCUUCUGACAGUUUUGUUGUGUGGUCUUUGUGAUCUUUGUAUGAUCCAUCCCCUCAGUAACAACACUCAUGCCGUUCCUGACACAUGGCAAAUGAGGGUUAUGAGAUUGUUACCGUGGUAACCUGCAUGUCAGGAACCAGCUGUAAUAACAGGCCAAUAUGACUCUUUCUAAACAAAUUGAUAUAAUCAUGAUAAUAGGGAAAUUGUCCUUUGUUCUUGGAAGUAUUUUCAUGUUUUAUUAAAUCCUUUCUUAUUGACAAUUUGUUAAUGCAAUAAUUGAUAAUCUGGAUUAUUUCACUGUUCAAUCUGGAUAAACAGGAUUUCAUGUAGAUCUCUAAUGCAGCCAGUGAAUCAUAUUUGAUGAGUGAAAUUCAAGCCCAAAACUAAGUGGUUUGUAGAGAGAUUUAGAAGAUGCAAAGAUGUAAAUUAACCAAGAACGUCUCCAAGCCUAAAUAGUGCUAACAUAUAGCAUAACCCCCAAAAUGUUUCAAAUUAUACCAGCCUUUAAAAUACCUUUAACAUAAACAAAACUGGUUGGACUAGUGCUAAUUGUCAUUCCUGAGAUGUCAGAUUGGCUGCAGUUAGGUCAGUAGGGGCAUAGGGUGUUUAGCAUUGAUAAAAUCUACACAUUCCUUUGAUUUUGUCACUUGUAACACUGGUAACAUGAUUUCUAUGCCCUACUGGGUUGUGGAGAAGCCUUGUGGUUAGAGGCCCGGGUUUGAUUCCCCUCAGGGGUACAAUGUGUGUCCCCCGUGGUGAUAUUGCUCGGAUAGUGCUUAAAGUGGCACAGAGCCAUAUUCACUCACUCACUCCAUGCCCGACUGAAAUUUGUGUAUCAAAGCUUAUGCUGGGCUUAUUGUUGAUUUGUGAGGUUAUUACUACUAACACAUGUACACAGUGAAUGGAUCAGGCUGUGAAGACUUUUACCUGAGUAUCACUUUCUGAUUGGCACACAUAUUUACUAUCUAUGUAAUAUGUUUAACGGAGAACACACAUAUACAUAUUUCUCAGUUGGCUGUAAUGCAAUUACGUGCUCUUUCGUAGAAAUGUAUCAUGUUGAAUUGAAUCAAAAUCUCAAGAUAGGUCUCAAAUUAACAGGAAACAACAAUAUUUCAGUCUGUUCAGAGAGAUGUUGCAGCCCUCUCAGUGAAUGUGUUUUCAGUUUGUCAAUCUGCACCACAUUGUUACUAUCUGUUUCACAAACUCUUUCCAUGGAGGUGUAUUUGAACAUAGAUAUUUAUUUGUAGAUAACUAAAAUCAAUGUUAUUUAUACAUUUUAGUAAGUAUUUAUUUUGCAAUGAGCACUCGCUGAUAUGCUAUAAGCUCUAUGUUCAUGUGAUAUGAUCACACUAUGACUUUUCAACAUGGUCAAAGUAUUAAUUUCAGAAUUGAGGAUGUAAAAAUCUCUUUUACUAGAAUAAUUUGUUUUGUUCAUAGUAUUGAAGUCCUCGAACAUGCUGAAUAUCAUGAAGUAAGGUGCAUGGGGCACUACAGAGGAAACCCUGCUGGGAUUCCGAGUUAGAAUUGGUCCCCAGUAAUGUAUACUAGUCGGUGACCAAACUGAUUGAUGGUCAGACUCGAUGGCUUGGUUGAUUUGCGUGUCAGUGUAGCCCAACGGCGUGCUCGCAGUCUCAAUCACUGGAUUGUGUGGUCCAAACACAAAUUGUGUAGAGACCGCCGGCAUAAAGCUGGAAUAGUGCUGAGUGCAGCCUUAAACAAUGCACUCACUCACUCACACAUAUAUGCAUGCACACAUGAACACACACACAUGCAAGCACAUCAAACAGAGGAAAGGUGUUCAUGAUUGUUGUGCAAGUUGUUAUGAAGUUGUGCAAGCUUGCCCUUGCGGUCCCCUGCCAUGGUAUUAUUACUGGACUUAAACCACACUCUCUGUGUCAAAAGACAUUAUAUUAUGUCCCUUGUUUUCUGGUAAAGAGCUUAUGAUGCUGAACAAAUUCUCAAACAAGUUCCAAAAUGGCCUCAAUGACAGCCAUUGAGACAGUCUUAAAUGUUUGUGCAGCUUGUUUAUGAUGUAUGUUUGUUAUGACUUAUUGUAUUGUUUUACUGCAAGUGGUUAGGUAUUUCUGUCAUCUUAAUUGUGUCUGGCUUGGUGCACUCAUCAUCCAAGUAAUGUUACAAGUAGAGAUUUGUUUCCAAGUUCUUUUACAGUAUCAAGUUGAGCUGACGGUGCUAUGGGCGUGAUGACCUCAAUGGUGAGGUGGGAUGUAGCUGUCUGUAUGUGUGUGACAUAGUGCGGAGUGUGAAACUGAAUUGAAUGAACAUUGAUCUUUGUAACACAAAGGGAAUAAAUUGUUUGAACCGGUA